AUGUGGAAAAGCGUCAUCUCCAGCGGCCAACGAGCCAGCCGAAUGGCCCAACAUACCACUCCCACGCCAACCCUCUGGACAUCCCAGACGUCAACAACAACCCGCCGUGCCUUCAGCGCUGUCCUGCCCCUCCGGAAAGAAUCCAACCAAGAAAAUGACUGGAACCGCGAAGAGCUGAACCCCCAGCGCUCCGAGGUCAGUAAGUCGGGCACAGACAGCGAGCUCGCGCACCAUGACUCCGCAUUCGAUCCAUCCAACACCGCGCCGGAGAGCGAGCUUGAGGCGACGGAGCAGGAGGCGAGCCAGAAGGGCAAGCAAGGGACGCUGAACAUGAGUCCCGCGAACAAGGAUGUUCAUGCUUGGAAGGGUCCCAAUGAGGGGGGCCCGGAUAGGAAUGCUGAUCGGGAAGCGAGUUAUAAAGGGACACCGAACAAGCGGAGGAAUAUACAUGUUAAGGAGGAUGGGACGCAUGUUUCUUAUCGAUGA